ACCAUAUUUUCAUACAGUCUGACGUCCGUUGGAAUAUUACGCGAAAUUUCUUAAAAUUUUCUAUUAUUUUUUCACCGAAAAAUUAGUAGAAAGCGUUAAAUGCCAGUUUCGGAUAUAGUAAAAUAAAAAAAUUCGUUGCUGUAGACUUGCUGUGGAAUUUCAGUUCAUAAAAUUUCGUUUCGUUAAGGAUCCUCAAUUUGAACUCGAAAGGAUAUGAUGUCAUUUGCAAAGAUUGUGUAUAAAUUGUCUAUUGUUUAAUACUAGUGAAUUUACAUUGUUUUCUGUAUAUAAACAACAGUGAAGAAUCCACAGUGAAUUUAUACAUACGAAAUGCGGUCGUCCAUAUAGGUUUCGCAAUUAAUUGUGCGGGUAUUUGCGAAGGCCAUAAGCAGUUCCUUUGACAUUGUUGUUUCAUCAGAAUACUUGAUUUAGGCUAGGUAGUCUUGGUUAGCCGUUAUCCUACACAAUAUCGACGCAUUUGUUUGAACGUUUGUCUUUUUGAUUGGGCAAGGAAGCAGCAAAGAGUUUCCAUAACGUCUCAAAAUUUCUGGGGUUAGUAACGUAACUGACGUUACCUAUACUCCGGAGGCACACAAUAAACGCACUUAAAGCUAACAUGUCAGCAGCUAAGGAGGAAACUUCAAAACCGAGCGCCACCACCGCCACUCCAACGGUGGUCAGCUCAGCUAGCCAACCGGUAGCAGCAGCUACUACAUCCUACGCUAAUGUUUUGCAAAAUUUGGAAACUAAAAAAGGUGCCAUUGCCAAAAGUGGAUCCGUUGACGUGGCAGUUGUUGAUACUGACAAUAAAGAAAACCAACCGAAUCUAAAAACAAUCAAGUCAUGGAGUGAAGAGGCUGCUGCAGCUGAAGGAGCCACCGGCGGAAUUGCCACUGCUAUUGCUGAAACUGGUGCUACUGUGGCUGGUGAAAAGCGGGCUGCUAUCACUGAUGCUGGUGCGGAAAAUUCUUCAGAAAUCGAUGAUAAUAAUGAUUUUGUACCAGUGAUUUCACAUCACCGACGUGAUCGCAAGAAACCACGUAAGGACAAACCAUUCGGUCGUGAACGUCAGGGUGGAAAUGGCAAUGAAAAGCUUGCUGCCGGGGGGAAUGUUUCUCGUGCCGGUGGCGGCAAUGGCGUUGGUGGUGAAGGCGGAAAAAAUAAACGCGUAACUGGAGCAGGUGAUAAAGAUGGUGAUAAAAAGUUUACAUCACGUCCACGUCAACGCGCCGGUAGCCCACGCAAGGGCGGUGCUGUUGGUGGAGCGCUCAAGUCACCAAAAGAUCGUAAAGACACUUCGCCGAGUGCAAGUGCUGAGAAUACUAGUAGCGGCAAUGAAGCCAAAAGUAGUGAUGCCGAAUCGCCGGCAGCUGCCAGCGCAACAGCUGCGCCACCACAACCGAAAAAGUACGUUGCUGCACCCCCACCGAAGGUCAAUGCUUGGAAGAUAUCCAAACAAUAUUCAAGUCCCAAAACAACCACAACAGGUUCGUCGCCAUUAGAGAAACGUGUUUUACUACCUAAACAACAGAUAGCGCAGCAGCAGCAGCAGCAGCAGCAGCAAAAGCAACACCAACCUCAACAACAACAGAAAAAAGUUGCCGAUAAUACAGAGAGUGCGAGUGCUCGGCCGCAAGCAAAUCCAGUUGCUGAUAGCAACAAGAACAAAAGCCAAGACAUAAAAGUAGUAACUCAGGAUGAACCAUCAACAACAACAAAAGAGUUAAAUUCUACAACAGCUCCGGCGGCAGCAGCAUCGACAACCAUCGUUGUGCCCCAAACAGACACAGCAUCGACAGAGGUUGUGAAUAACGGAAAGAAGGUCAACCAAAAGGCCAGUGAUUUCAGCAACGUCGGCGAUUGGCCUAUGCUAAUUGGUGGCAAACCCGCAAAUAACGAAUCGAAACGUUCAACGAAACACAAGCAGCGUCCUGCAAACGCAGUCAAUAAAGAAGAUAACUCAAGCUCUAUCGCAAGCGGAGCAGCAGCAACUCAGGGAAACGCUGAUCAAACAGGUGCACCAACCAGUGCUGCUACAGGCGAUAAACCGUCAACGAGCCAAGCGCAAAAUGAGUCCAGUAAGUCUGGUACACAAUCAGGGAAUGGUGAAGGUAGUGCAGCUACUGCCACACCAGCCAACACAAGCUCAGGAUCAAAUGGCAUUAAUAAGAAGAUUCCCAAGCACAAGUGGCGUCCCUUGCAAAUCGACCUUGCCAAAUCCAGCCGCCCGAAACCGAUUGGACGUCCCACUAGACGCUUACCAAACUCUACGUCUCGCUAUCAACAGCAGCAACAUCACUAUUACAACCAAGAGCAGCACCCAAACGCUGGUGACCAGUAUAACGGCGGAACCGAAACAGAGCAGCGCAGUGAUUGGCGUCAACAUGCCGCACCCAGCGCAGGAAAUGAAGCGCCACGGGGCGGGGGCGGUGAACGUCCGACGCGGCCCACUUCCCGCCCUACUGAGCGCAUUGAUUCCUGGCGUAGCGGCAGCGGCACCGAGCGCAGUAGUGCCAUCGGUGGCGGCAGCGUCGCCGAACGCGAAUACGACCGUCCAGCGCGUACGCAACGGCGCUUCCGGACGUCCUACCGCGGCGGCCGGCAAGGGCGCGGUGGAUUCGCAAGACCGGGACCAGGUCGUGCGUCAAAUCGCAUACCACGCCAUCUGUUAGCCAGUGGCGAGUACGCAAGCUAUUUGCCGGCGGACGCAGCCGGCGUCGACCAGUCCUCGUUUGUGCUCAUGGGCACGCACUAUUAUGGCCCAGUGCCGGCGGCCUACAUCGAAAUGGACGCACAAACGGUCAAGGAGGCGAUCAAGAAACAAGUUGAAUACUACUUCAGCGAAGAGAAUUUAACUGGCGAUUUCUUUCUGCGUCGCAAAAUGGACCCAGAAGGUUGUAUUCCAGUUACAUUGAUUGCUUCUUUUCAUCGCGUCUUAGCUUUGACUACUGACGUGGCAUUGAUCAUUAACGCCAUCAAGGAGUCCGAGAAGCUGGAGUUUCUCGAAGGCUAUAAAGUACGCACAAAGACUAAUCCCACAAUGUGGCCCAUUCGUGAUGUGAUCGAGACUACAUUUAAUCCAGCCGCUCAGGUGGCUGCUUCAAAUGCAGCAACAAGCGCAGCGAAUAGUCAAACACCAGAGAGUGUAAAUAAUGAUAUACAAAAGAAUAACCAACAAGAAAGUCAAAAUAAUGCUGCCAAAUCUGGCACCGAUAAUCCGGUUUCAUCUGUACCCGCAAGCAAUAACACUGGCGGAGAUGCUGGCAGCGCCGCAGAAGAGGCUCAACCUACUGUAAUUGAUGACAAUAAGGAUGUGACAAGUUCAAUUGGGGCUGCCACAGCCACGCCUGUGACCCACGUGGAUGCGGCGUAUGCCAGCGAAGUGCUCUUCCCGCCGAUACUUACCUCAGCUAUGGCCACAAAGCCUUUGACUAGCAUCCCGCCGCCACCAGUUCCACGCAACUCGCAAAAUCUAGUCUCUUCGCUGUUGCUGCAGCAGGUGAAGCAAGUGCCGUCGCCCACUGUGAAUGCGGAGAACGCGAUAAGUGCGCUCACCCAGAAAGUGGCCGAGGUGGAAAGUGGCAGCGGUGCUGUGGCUCAAUUGGCGGACCACUUGAGUGGUUUGGCUGAAAGCGUGAAGAUGCCGACAGUGACGUCGACCCCACAGAAAGUACAAAGGACUGGCAAGAACAAUGACCAACAAGGUAGUACGAAAGGUAAUAACGGCGGCAACAACAUUGUUAACGCUGUUGGAAACGCGGCGGGGGCCGAUGACGCAACGGCCGAUGCCACUGAGGGCAUGUGGAAAGAGGUAAAGAGACGCUCAAAAUCAAAUGCUUUAAAAGAUACUAAAUCUUCCAAUCAACAACACUCAACACAAACGCUCACAACACAACAACAUACACAAACCAUUAAAACCGUCACCACAAAUGCUACCUCUGCAACUAAAUCAUCGACCACCACAAACAGCAACAAAAAUCUGAACAAAAUUGAUACAAAAUUGAACACGGCAAAAACACCAUUGAUCACAUCGAAUGCCUCCGCCACAUCGAACGCCACCAAUCUAAAUAACACCUCCAACACCACGAACGCCACAUCCACCACCAUCAUCAACAACAACAACAAAAUACCUUCUGCGUCAUCCACUCAAUCAGCAGCCGCACACGCUUCAGCUACAGCAGCAGCAACAGUUGGCCUCUCGACAAAUACAACCGAAAAAGAAGAACUAGACUUUCAAUUUGACGAAGAGCUUAUGGAUCCCAUACCAGCGACUGGACGUAUAAAUAAUUUCACCGAAAAUUUCUCUGACGACGACGAGUCCGACUAUGAAUUUGCUGAUCGCGAUAUCAAUAAACUGUUGAUUGUGUCGCAAGUACAACGAGCGCCCAAACAUGAAGGUUACGAUCGCACCGCUGACUUCACUUCACGUACGAAAAUAACUCAAGACCUCGAGAAUGUGAUAAACGAUGGUUUAGCCAAUUACGAAGAAGAUCUCUGGACCACAUCGAAUGUGGGCACGAACUAUCGCACAGUAAAUGUAAUAUCGCAGGAAGAUUUCGAAAAGCUGGGUGGCGGCGGAGCCAGCGGACGUGUUCAACGUAUUUAUGCACAACAGGCACCGCCACCACCACCACCCGCUUACGAAGACGAGGAUGCCACGCUAAAUAAUACCCUCAAUUCCACGCUCAAUUCAACAUUGAAGUCGCGACGUGCUCGCUUCUAUGCGGCACCAAGCUCACAUUCGAUCGACCCACGUACACCACGCAAGCGCAAGACCCGCCAUUCGUCCAAUCCUCCCGUGGAGGCGCACGUCGGUUGGCUGCUAGACUCUGUAGAACACCGACCACGCACCACAUCGAUGGGCUCCUCGGCGGGCACUUCGCCGACUACCUCAUCCUAUGGUUCUUCCGUGCCACAGUCAUUGCCCGUCUUUCAACAUCCCUCACAUUCGCUGCUUAAAGAGAACAAUUUCACACAGCAAGCCUAUCACAAAUAUCAUUCACGCUGCUUAAAGGAGCGACGUCGACUAGGCUAUGGUCAAUCGCAGGAGAUGAACACUUUAUAUCGUUUCUGGUCAUUCUUUUUGCGUGAAAACUUCAACAAGACAAUGUACAAUGAGUUCCGAGCUUUGGCGCUGGAAGAUGCCAGCAACGGUUUCCGCUAUGGAUUAGAGUGUCUUUUCCGCUUCUUUUCAUACGGUUUAGAGAAAAAAUUCCGGCCAAAUGUAUAUGAGGAUUUCCAGGACGAGACGAUUGCUGACUUUGAAAUCGGUCAACUCUAUGGUCUUGAGAAAUUCUGGGCUUUCCUCAAAUACUACAAGAACGCUGAUAAACUGACUGUGAAGCCAAAAUUGGCUGAAUACCUGAAAAAAUUCAAAACUAUAGAAGAUUUCCGAGUUGUCGAGCCGGAAAUCAAUGAAAUGUUGCAAGGGGUGGGAAGUCUCAGUCGCGGUCGUAACUUCAAUCGGCUGCGCAGUGUCUCCGAGAGCGACGGCACUGCGGUAGUCGCUGCAGGUGGUCGAAAGCCCAACACUACAAUUAGCAAUCGCAGCGAUUACGUGGGUAAUCGACCGCAAUACCAGCAGCAACAACAACAGCACCACCAACAGCAGCACAACAAUCAACAGUCAGGCAACUAUGCCAAUUUCAGUAGCAAUAGGCGACGUACCGGUUCCUUUGGUAGCGGCACUGUGCGCGUACGUAGCGGUUCGUUGGGUAAUAAACCACAAGUGGUAUCGCGCAACAACAACUAUCAUUAUCACUACGGUAGUUCGCCGCAUGAAUUACGUCGUGGGGGUAGCAACUCCGGCCUGGCACCGCACAAACAGCAAAACCGUCAACAACAACAACAGCAAAAGUCUAGACAACAAGUACAAAAUAAGGAUUCCAAUAAUGCGCCGGGCGCAUCGAAUGCUGCCGGGCCAAGUACAUUAACAGCGGCAAAAAAUGAACAUCAACAUCAAAAUUAUGCGGCGGCAGCAAAGCCAAAUAAACCAGUAAUCAACAGCAAUAUUACAGCGCCGAAAGUCACAGCCACAGCGUCGGAAGCGACUUCAACGUCAGCGGAUAAAUAAUUGUUUAUUUUCACGAUUUUUUUUUUUUUAGGUUUGAAUACAAAAAAACUUAUUUGCUAUUGUUAGUUUAUUUAAUCUUAUCCUUCUUGCAUAACGUAUGUAUUUUCUUAUAGAUUUUGAGUAUUUUCAUAGCUGCAUGUCGGCUCAUUUUAGUGGUGUUCGAAUUAGCGAGCUUCGAGCGCGCACAAUAAACAAAAUACACACAAAAUACUGUAUUUACAUAAAGCAAGGAAAUUAAGCUAUAAAUGCAUUCAGUUGAGCUGAACGCCAUUGAACGUUGAAUGAAAAAGUUCAAAUAUUAAAAAAAUAUCUAAUUAAAAAGUUAUAGACUCUAUAAGACAGACACGAAUUAAUUGGCUUUGCUCUCUAGCUUUCAAUACACAAUUAUAAGCAGGACCAAUUUUCGCCACGCCAUGUAUGGGAAUCAACUCGAGCGCUAGUUAGCGCCACAUGGCCGAGUUAUACAUCAAAUCCAAGACACUAAAUUAUGAAAAUGCUCAAAACUCGCUACAUAUUGUCGUGCAUGUUACUAUUAAAUGUAAACUUAAUUUCAUAGGCGUUCAAAGCGUCAAUUUACGACUAUACCCAUUUAUACCUACAUAUAUACAUUCACCUACAAAUAACACCAAAAACAUAACGUUAAAGAAAUAUAUUUGCUAAAGUGGCUUUUCUAUAAACUGAUAAAGAAAAUGUAAUUCACUUUAAAAUGCAUUCAUAAUUUGCAAGGCAGUCGAUGCAAGUAAGUUGGAAUUUUCUGCUGCUACAAACAGACAAUAGAGAUCAUAGGCUUUAGCUGCUUUAAGAGACAAAUUUUCAGAUCACAUCGAAAACGAAGAGAAUUCAGUGGUUCUAACUAUGUAGCGCCAUUGGAAAUACAUACAUACAUACAUACAUAAAUCAACUGAAAGCAAUAAUAGACUGUUGAAUGUCUAAUGGUUUUCUUCAAAUGCAGACAUACAGGCAGACGAUAAUAUAUUUACUUAAACAUAUACAUAGCAUAAUUGUGCUAAUGCUGAACUGGACUACAACUUUUGGGUAAACAAAUGUUCUUUUUUUUAAAUCAAAAAGGAUGAAAACAAAGACACAGUACGGCAAUCUGUGCUCAGUGCCAAUAAAACUAGUUUAGUUGCUUGUGAAAACUAGGCAAUAUCAAAUAAACAUAUGUUGAAGAAGCAAUUCACAUGCGUAUACAUUUUGAUAUGUAGAGAGUUAGUUUUUUGUUUUUUAUUAAAAGGGCAACGUUUGGAAAGAGAUCGCUUACAUAUGAAGUAGUAGGAAAUUAUAAAAAUGGAGAAGUACCAGUGGUAUAGUUAAUGAAUAAAAUAUAUACAAAAAAAACAUACAACUAAUACUAAUAGAUAACACUGCAACUAAGCGUAGUUUUAUAAGAACUAAACUUUUAUGCUAAGGUUUAUAAAGAAUAACUAAGAAUUACAUCUAAACAAAUUUGUGUGUUUUAGAACAAAUACAACUUGAAUGCAAUAUAUGACAAAUGCAAAAACAACAAAUGAAUGCAAGCAGACUAUGCCAUUUAAAGCUUAUCGGGCAGGUCCUGCAAUCCACUUCCGAUUGAAUUUCAACCCCUGCCAAUUUGAAUUCAAAGCGAACUUGACUCAAAUUCACUCGGAAGUGAAUUGCAGAACCUGCCGGUAUAUAUUUUUAUCAUACGCUCGUUAAGAAAAACAACAAAUAACGUAGACAACAACAGUAAAAGAAAGAGACAUACAUAUGUAUGUACAUCCAUAUGUGGUAAAGCAUACAGCCAAAUGCGUAUAACUAACUAUAAAAUUAUGCUUAUAUAUAAAGAUUUAUUAAAAACAUAAUUAGGUGAUUCGCAAGGUGUCAUAACUAGCCAUAUUGUCAUAAAUUUUAUUAUGGUUAAACAAUUUUUUUUGGUGUUAAGUGUUAACAACCAUAAAAUAGCUUUAACCAAUCUAAAAUCAUUGGCUUCAUGACCAUAUAUCACUUAUGACACCUUGUAAAUCCUGUGGAUUUAUAUAGUUGAUAUUUAAACAAAAAAGAUACAACGCAGAGAUAUUUAUAUGAUAAACUUCAAUAUAAUGCAUACAUACAUAUGUAUUCGAUUACGUAAAUAUGUAUACAAAGCAGAAAUUUAUAUGCGAUAAUUCGCGUAAGUUCUCGUUUCUACUACUACCAAACACACACAAAUACAUAUGUAGGCGCAUUUGAUUAAGACAUAAAAACCUUAUUAAAAUAUGAUAACUAGAGUUCUAAGCAUUUACAACAAUUUCCAAAUAUUAUACGCCACAUGUGCACCACUUUAAUAGCUGGUUGCUACUAUAAUGAUGUAAUAAUAUUACAAAUUUGCGGUAUAUGCUUUCACAUUUACGCAAUUUGUAAAGUGAAGCGAAUAGCGGUUGGCAUAUAAAAUAAACAAUGGAAAAUAUUUGCUCAUCUUCAAUUUGAUAUUGUGUGUUUAGAAAUUUAAUUUUUAACAUAUCAAGCAAAAAUUUGAACCGAAAGAUUUGGUGUGUUUUGCACAGCUGCUUAUUACCCUUAGACACUCACAUUCAUCCACACUGCCGCCUGCUUCACAGUGUGGCUGCCUUCUUAAACGCAUUAAUGCAAAGCAUCAGUCUCUUGUUUUAUUUCUCAACCAUAGGAGAUAAAAGUAUUCAAUUUGCGCAACUUUAUUAAAAAUUGGUAUCUCUACAUAGUUGCGCAUAUUGGAUAUUGAUAUGAGUUGCAAUUUAGAAAUAAAAGACACUGAACCUUUGCAUUAAUGCGUUUAAGAAUAUAGCGCGUAUACGAUAUUUUAAACUUUUUCCAAUUAUUCCAUAAUGAUGCUGGAGUUCUUUGAAAGCUCGAUUCAUCAUACGAAAAAAUUCCAAACGCACUGUGAGUAGCUGAUGCCGGAUUUGUUAAGAAAAUCCAUACAUUAUUGCAAUUAAUCUCUCUCCUUUAACUCUCCUUUUCGCCCUCAUUGGUUGUUGGAAAUGACAAAGUUGUGCUUCUAAUUUUUUUUUUAUGAUAUCAAUUGUUUUAUUAAUUAGUUGUGUAAGCGAUUUCAAUCUAUAUGUGUUACAUUAAUGCUAAGUUUUCUUUUGGUUCGAUUCGAUUUAACUUUAAAACAACAAAAACAAAACAUAAAAAAAAACAAAAAAAAAGAUAUUUAAUACAAAAAAUGAUUUUAUUCUAUAAAAUCGAAUAAAAAAUAUUGAAUUUAGUAAUAUAUUAUAUAUGAAGCAACAAAGAGCAUACACAAUUUUGAAACACGCUGUUAAAAGUAGAAAAAAUAAUUAUACCCAAUGUGUGUGGAAGUGUAGUGUACAUCUAUUAACGCAUAAUUAAUCAAGUAAAAAUAAAAAUGUCUAUACUUUUUUUUAUAAAUGUUUAA